AUGAGUGGGAGACCCAAGUCGAGGGGGAGCACCAGGCUCUUCAGGGCCCCCUCUGAGGACGCCAGUAGCAGCUCUAGUGGGAGCGCGGUGCUCCCACAGCAGGAAAACCCCGACACCAGCGGGUUAACUAGAUCAUGGAAGACUGUCAUGGGCAUGGUGUUUAUACUGACUUUGCUUCUUCUGGGAUUUAUAAAUCACAUGAAGCUUAAAGAGAAAGAGUUUCCUCAGAAAUCCAGACAAAUUUAUGCUCUAAUUGCAGAAUAUGGUUCACGGCUUUACAAUUACCAGGCCAGGCUUCGAAUGCCAAAAGAGCAACUGGAACUUUUAAAGAAAGAGAGCCAGACUUUGGAAAACAACUUCCGGGAAAUUCUCUUCUUAAUUGAACAAAUAGAUGCUCUGAAGGUAUUGCUUAGAGACACACGCGAUGGUCUGCACAAUCACAGCUGGAAUGCCGACGGAGACUCCGCUGAAGGCUGGAACCACACCGAGAUCAUCGACGAGGAAAUGUCCAGCUUGGUGAAUUACAUACUGAAAAAGCUGAGAGAAGAUCAAGUCCAGAUGGCUGAUUAUGCCCUUAAGUCAGCAGGAGCCUCUGUUGUUGAAGCUGGGACCUCAGAAAGUUACAAAAAUAAUAAAGCAAAACUGUACUGGCAUGGGAUUGGCUUCUUAAAUUAUGAAAUGCCUCCAGACAUCAUUCUCCAGCCGGAUGUCCACCCUGGGAAGUGCUGGGCCUUUCCGGGUUCCCAGGGUCAUGCCCUGAUCAAGCUCACCAGGAAGAUCGUGCCAACUGCUGUUACCAUGGAGCACAUCUCAGAGAAGGUGUCCCCCUCAGGAAACACCUCCAGCGCACCCAAGGAGUUUUCUGUCUAUGGCAUCUUGAAACAAUGUGAAGGAGAAGAAAUUUUUCUAGGUCAGUUUGUGUAUAACAAAACAGGGACCACCAUUCAAACAUUUGCACUCCAGCAUGAAGUUCCUGAAUUCUUAUUAUGUGUGAAACUUAAAAUUCUCAGCAACUGGGGACACCCAAACUAUACUUGUUUAUAUAGAUUCAGAGUUCAUGGCACCCCAAGAGAUGACAGCUAG